AUGGAGAACUUUAAGAACAGUUUUCAGUAGAAACUAGAAAACAGACUAUAAUUCAUUAUAGGAUUUACAUAAUUUUGUCUCAUGAAAGAAAACAAUUUCCUUUGGACACUGUCCUUGAUAGUGAGCGUACUUUAAAAGGUCGCCAUAAUAAAAUUAGCUUCUUUACUAAAUAAUUUUAAUGGAUAACCUGGAAUCCAGGAUUUGGAGUUACUAUUUAAAAUAUGUGUGCCAACUAUGUAUUUGCCUGAGAAUUUAGGGCCAGAUUAUUUGAUUGCAUGUUAGAGUGUAUUCAUCAUAUUCUUUUCCAUUCCAGCCAUCUUGGUUGGAGUGAGUAUGUCCGAUGAGAUAACAUUUUUUAAAUAAACUAAGUUCAAGAAUAAAAGACAAUUAAAUAUCAGUCAGAGUGACAAUCUAAGUGAUUGCAUUCAGAUUAUGCAUUAGAUCUACAACUAAAACUCAUAUAUAGAAGGAUUUCAACAUCGUUUGAUGUCAGAUCAAUCGAACACAUCCCUAUAAAUCAUUAGGUUGAGAUAAAUAGCAAUAUUUUUGAAUUAUUUUCCUCAUGUUUUUUUAAUCCCUAUACUUUAUUUUUUGUUGCAAAUCAACUUAGCCUUAGAUAAGGCAGAUUAAACUUAGUAAAUAGUCGGACAAAUCCUCAAUGUAAUUUUGGCUAUUGAAACUUUGAUAAUUGCAGCUUUGUCCUUGGUAUGGUGUUAAGUGUCAUUCACAUUGCAUGAAUCCAAUUUUCUGAGACUGAGAUUUUCAUAUUUAUAAUGGUUACAUAUAGGAUUUUGUAUAAUACCAAUAUUGAUCAGCUACUCUUAUGUAAGGGCAGGCAACCUUAUAAAAGAAGACGAUUUUAUUCACACAGUUAAUUUGGUCUUUGUAAUAUUGGCUUUUCUAAUUGAUGCCUUAGAUGCCUACAUCACACUGCCUUAUGUAUAGAAAUUCAAGUAUUCCACAAAUUUGUUCAUGAGGGCAAUUGUUAUUUGUUUGACAUUAUUUUUCAUAUGCAGACUAAGUGACUAAUAGAUAAUAUGUUUGACUUUUAUUGUGUCCCCUUGUCUUAGUAGACUCUUUGUUGUUCUUCAAGAUAGUCGAAUUGAAAAUGUGCUCACCUCCACUCUAAAGAAGGAAAAGUCUAUUCAAGUAUUGGUCAAUCAAUAAUAACCUCAAUAAACUCUACACACUCAUGAAUCUGAAUAAGGUUUAAGGAUUGAAAGUGAGAAUAUCAAAUAUAAGGAUUUCUAAUCAAACAUGAUUAAAUAAUACGACAUGUCUUACUUCAUUCACUUUAUAAGAGCAGUCCAAUUGAUGAGGUUGUCAGAAAUUGGAGUAUUAACCAGAAAUUCUGGAGUGGAGUUAAAGAAUGAGAGGUCUAAGAUUCUUAUGGUGUGUAUCAUAUUGUUGAGGACUCACACUGAAAAUUGUAAUAAUCAAUAUUGUUUUUGCAGAGGUUUAAAAGGGGAAAAGAGAAAGAUAAUAGAAAAAUAUGAGAUAGUUAAGGAAAUGAGAAUGUAUGAUGAUUUCAAAAUACUCAAUAUUCAAUUUUAUGUUGAAUUGAUUAUGAGAUAUCUAAGAGAUUACUCGAAGUUAGUCUUCUAAACUGAAAUACGUAAGGCACAUCCUAAUAUUAUCUAUUUGAUAUAGAUCUUAGUGUUUUUAUGCAAUUCUGAUGAGUGCUAUUAGGCUUAAUUGUAAAUACUUGAUUUAAAACAUUUAUUGGAGAAGGGAAGUUCUUUGUAGCAGAGAUUAGCUUUUGAGCUACUGAAGAGUUAUUCGAAAUAUCAAAUUCUACAUAGAUUCAAAGAAGAUAUCACUAGACAAUCAAUAGAGUUGACAUUGAAAUAUGAAGAUUACAGGUACACAGAAUUGGAGAGGGAUCGCUUGUUGAAAUUAGUGUUUGCCAAUUUAUAGCACAAAAAACAGUUUCUCAUAAAAUUAAAUGAUGAAACUCAUAGUUAUGAGUCACUCGAAGAAUUAUAUUUGCAAUUAAACACACAAAAUUGUAAGAUCUAGAAAGAAUUAGAAUAUUUUAAUUUAUAUUCACCAGGAAGAACCUCUUUGUAUUGCUACAUGCUUUAUUGUCUCGAAGUUACAAAUAAUUAUGAUCAAUUUAUAAAACUAUGCAAUUUAAUCAAUACAAGGGAAAGCAAAUUUUUUGAGUACCCAUCUUUUUAUUAUAAAACUGAGGAGUAAUCAUAUAAGGUUGGAUAUAUGUUGCUUAAUCUAACUUAAUCGCAUAUGAAGAGAGGUGAAAUCAUUAAUUUCUCAAAGAAUUUUCCUUCUUUUGUAGGUUAUACUUAGGAAGAAUUUCGAUAACAAGUGAAAUCAUUAGAUCAACUUUGUUAUCCUAGUCUCAUCAAGGCACAUGAUGAGAUGGUGGAGAUGUUUGUAAUAACAAAUAGGCCUAUGAUUUUUAGAUAACCUUUACCUUUAUUAACAUAGAAUGCAACUCCAGGAGUUUUGAGUUAUUUGGAAAUCUUUAUUGAUAUCAGUUUUAAUUUUUCAUCAAAUGUUCUCCCCUCCUUUUGUUUCAUGAAGGAAAUCAAGUAAGGAAUUAGAUAGGAUGGAUUAAGUGGAUUUAUUCUUUUGGAUUCCAAAUAAAACAUAGAGGGAAUUACUAAUAAUGCUUUAGAAUGUUUUGAAAUGAGUAAUCCCUCAAAAUUAUUAGGUAAAUCUAUUAAUUAAUUUAUACCCAAUUUUAAUUCAUUAGAAGCCUAAUUGCAACAUUACUUGGAGGAGUAUUAAAAGGAAAAUGGUAUAUCUGGAACAUUAACAACAGCAAAUAAAUUGGUUUAACAUUUCACUGUUUCCUAAGAUUCCAUUGAGAUGAUAUUAGACAAAGAGACGAAAUUUCAAUUGGAUUUGGAAGUGUAAAUGUCUUACUCUCUAGUGAAUAGGAUGGUUUUUAAAGUGUAUGUUUUAAAAAUCAGAUCCCCAUAUAAAUUAGGAGCAGUUUGUUCUGAUGAAUCCCCAUUAUCAAAGUCAUUAGAUGAAUAUAGUUCUGAAUUUGAAGGUAUCAAGUUAAAGGAUUACAUCAUGCCUGGUGCAGGAGAUAACGAGAUUCCUCAAUUCACUUCUCAGCCAGAUCCAAUAACUUUGCGUAGUUAAAUGAUCCCAGUUGAAUAAGAAAAUCAACCCUUAAAAUAACAGGAAUUCUUAUGCAGUGAUCAUCAUGAUAUGAUAUCGAAGUAGGAUUCAAGUGAAAAGGAUAUUGAAUCACCAGAAUAACCUCAUAAAUAAAUCUAUAUCAAUAGUAUCAGCAGUAAUUCGUCGAAACAAAGCGAAAUCUAAAGGAUUCUUGUUAAAUCUCAUUUUUAUCGUAAGUUCUCUGAAAUGAAUACUAAACCUAAAUUGCUUUAUGCACUCCUUUUCAUCAAUGUCUUUUCUUUAACUGCCAUUCUAGGAUUUACAACUGCAAGUACAAUACUCUAUGCUAAUUGGUAAAGUAAUAUGAGAAGCAACAUAUAUAUAUUAUAAGCAUUUACGAUGACUGCUUAUAGCAGAGCAACAUUGUAAGGAUCCAUGACUAUGAUUUAAUACGUUCAAUUGGACUAGAAUCUAUCAAAAUAUGGUAUGUAUUAUGAAUAUAAUGCUACCUUACUUGGGCAGUUGUAAACAGUCUUGGAUCGAAAUAUAGAAAUAUUUUCUACUAAAAUGGAUGAGUAUUCAGAAAAUUCAAUUAUUAGAGAAGUAUUUUCGACAAUAGAAUUAGAAUAAUUGGAUAUUUUUGAAAAUGUAGACAAAACAGUCAAGGGAUGGACUGCUCUGUUUUAGUUAAUCUAUAUGAUAAGAUCAUUACAUAUCACCGAUUUUGCUGAUAGUUUUCAAUUUUUAAAGUCAAUCUUAUAUUUAUUGAGAUCGUAUAGUAAAUAUAAAGAUGCAUAUUCCCUACUGAAUACUAGAUUUACUGAUGAAAUUUAUUCAAUUUUAGGGUCUCAAGAUAACAUUAUUGACUAUGUUACCUUUAGUUUCAUUGCUGUGUAUGUAGUCUAUUUCUGUAUAGCAUUUCUCUUAUAAUUUUCAUAUAUCUAAUUAUGUAAAAAAUACAUAAGAUGCUCAGAGUAAAUCUCGCAUUCUGCAAUUGCAAGCGAAUUGAAUCAUGUGAAUUAAUUGUUAUUAAUUAAUUAAGAUCAUUUUGAUCUUUAUGAAUACCAUUUCUCCUUAAGAGAUAAAUUCCAUUCUGAGGAAGAAGAAAAACAAAAUAAUAACUAUUUGAGUGGAACUUCUAAUGCUCACAAUAAUAGUAAUAAUAAUAACAACAAGAAGUUUAUUAAAGUAUAGGGAUAGUUGAAUUUAAAACGAUAAUUUACUUUCACAAUUCAUUUAAUCUCCUUUACUAUAACAUUGAUUACUCUGUUACUUAUUAGAAUGAAUGAUAAAUCUUAAAUUUAAGACUUAGAGUCUAAAUUGGCAAUUUAUUAAAAAUGCAUUACUUUUACAGAAAGCUUAUCAGAAGCAUGCUUAACUAAUUUCAUUUUGCAAAGUAAUAAAUAUUUGGUUGAGAGAGCCUUUAUUGAUCCUGAAGAUCCAGCUUAGUUUUUUAUAUAUACUAAUGAAAGUUAUACGAUAGCAAAUAGCAUUCUUGGAGAGAUUCUUUAUUCAGAAGGAACGGUUUCAGAAGAAUUAAAGAUUCUAUUUUCAAGCAAUGUGUGUUUAGUCGUCAAUGAACCAGAUAUCUGCGUCACAGUUAACAAUGGAGAACUGAAAUAAGGAUUAUUAUUGCCAUCUUAAGAGUUAUUUUAGAUUUUGAGAGAGAAUAUAGAUCUUUAUUAAAUUAGUGGAUCUGCAUCUUAAAUGCUUCAAUUGAAUCAUAUGUUAUCUGAAAGCUUUAUGAUAGAUGCAGUAAAUGAUUUUGUAGACACAGUUCGAUAAACAGUAGAACAGGGAAUAAUUGAUAGCAAUAAUGUUAAAUUAACCAUUUCUAUAAUCUUUUACCUUUUCAUAAUUUUGAUAAAUUUAGCUUAGAUUUGGUUUAUACAUUAAUAUGUAACAAAAAAGUUGUGGGGUAUUAGGCAAUUUGUGUAUUUGCUACCACCUAAAGCAUUGUAUAAUGAGGAUAGCUUUUAUAAAACUCUAACAUAUCUACUGAAAAUAGAAAAUUAAGUACUAUAUAUGUGA